CCUUCACCCACUCCACCCCCACGCCCACUCCUCGUGAACCGGGCAUUACAAGAGCUCCGGUGUGUUGUGUUGUGUGUCGUUGGAGAGGGAGGUUGGACAGUAAAGAGAAAAGAGACGGAUAAAGUCUGAGAGCGAAGCGGCUAAUUGCUUAGUCCGUCCCUCAUUAGCAUAUCCGAUGCGCGCGUCCGCUGGACUGCGGCCAGCCCUCCCCGCCUUCACACGCUGCCAUCAACCGACCAAGUAUUAUUCACUAUAGUAAUUAUUACACCGACAUGCGGGAUCCGACGCGCAGCAGCCGCGGCAGCAGCGACACCGGCUCACCUUAGACCCCCCUUUUUAUUCUGUGUUAAACUUCUCUCCACUCCCUCCGCCACAAGGCACUUCGCGAACUUUUUUUUUCUUUUCUUUUCUUUGGUUUUUCUUUUUGUUUUGUUUUUGUUGUUUUUUCUUUUGUUUGCUUUUGGCGUGUGCGCGUGCGUGUCGAGUCGUUCGCUCGCCGCCGAUGCAUCUGCAAGACGCGGAGAGACACCACGGAGCGCCACGGCAGCAGCAGAAGCACCGGCAGCCGCACCGACACCGACGCCAGCAGCAGCAGCAGCACCGGCAGCAGCACCGGCAGCAUGUCCCGACGCAAGCAAGCCAAGCCGCAGCACCUCAAGUCGGACGAGGAGGAGCCCGCGGUGGCCGGCGUGAUCUCCGAGCACGCCCGAGGUGAAGUGCUGGAUGAUGCCGACAGCGGGAACGAGAGCCGCAGCGGCAGUGAGGAGACGCAUGUGUGUGAGAAGUGCUGCGCCGAGUUCUUCAAGUGGUCAGACUUCUGUGAACACUUAAAGAGUUGCACCAAAAACCCUCUGGUGCUCAUAGUGAAUGACAAUGAAAACACACCUAACCCCUCCCACGAGUACCCUACGGAGCUCUCCCCUGUCCCCAGCUGCCCCAGCAGUGAGCAGGGUGACAGCGAGGACCCCAGGGAGGGCAACCACAGUUCUGCUGGUGAGGGGGAUGACAUCCCAGAGCCGGCGACAUUGAAUGGGGUCAAUGUCCUGGAAAAGGAGGAUGAGCCGAUGGAGAUGGAACUAUCGCCAGAAAAAAACAUGGGUCAUGAAGAGACAGACCCGACAUCCCCCGACCCAGAAGGCUCCCUACCUCAGCUCGAUGACGUUGUCUCCUCUACUCUGACCAACUACGCCAUGCCAAGCACUAAUGUCACCUUGGAGACCCUGCACGGCACCCGGGUGGCAGUUGCCCAGUUUUCGCAGAGUGUAAGGGCAGCAGUGGGCAGUGGGGUCUCCACCAUGGCUAUCCCUAUGAUCCUGGACCAGCUGAUGGCCCUUCAGCAGCAGCAGAUACACCAGCUGCAGCUGAUAGAACAAAUACGCAGUCAGGUGGCUCUGAUGAACAGACAGUCCGCCUCACAGCCUGCGUUGAACCACCAUCACGGUAAUGGUGCUGGAAAGCAGGGGCCUGUAUCCUCCUGCGCCCCUGCUGUCGCAAGUCAGCUUCAACUUCACAACUUCAUCACUCCCCCUGUCCAUCAGCUGCCCGUUAGGCUGCCGGCCACUCUUGGUGGUCCGGGCCCGUCCCCCCAGUCCUCAGCGACAGAAGGGCCGCUCUCUCAAACCCCGCAAAGUAGCAGUCAACAUUGUAGCUCUUCGAUACCCAACACGUGCUCAAAUAACUCUGUGUUUUCCUCGGCAAGUGGUACUGGAUUGUCAUCCCUGCUUCCCUCCUGCUCUUCGUCAGUCACAAACAACAUCAGCUCCAGUUGUGGCGCGACAGGAGUUUGUGGCCUCAGCAGCAGCUCGGCUCUUCCCAGAAGCUCCACCACCCCUCCCUCACUCAACCACAGCAGCCUCCUGAGCUCUGCCUCCAGUCUACCGCUGAUACCUCACAGCUCACCCAGCAGCGUCAUCUUCCCCAACCCGCUGGCUAGCAUAGCAGCCACAGCCAAUGCGCUCGACCCCCUAUCCGCUCUGAUGAAGCACCGCAAGGGGAAGCCCCCAAACGUUUCCGUGUUUGACACUAAGCCCAGCUCCGAGGACCCCUUCUUCAAGCAUAAGUGUCGGUUCUGUGCCAAGGUGUUUGGCAGUGACAGCGCCCUACAGAUCCACCUACGAUCGCACACCGGAGAGAGACCCUUCAAAUGCAACAUAUGUGGCAACCGUUUCUCCACCAAGGGGAAUCUCAAAGUCCACUUUCAGAGGCAUAAAGAAAAAUACCCUCAUAUUCAGAUGAACCCCUACCCUGUGCCAGAGUACCUGGACAACGUGCCCACAAGCUCCGGCAUCCCAUAUGGAAUGUCGCUGCCCCCAGAAAAACCUGUAACCACAUGGCUGGACAGCAAACCUGUCCUCCCCACUGCCCCCCCCUCAAUAGGUCUCCAGCUGCCUCCCACGCUGCCGAGCAUGAUGGGAGGUUUUGGAGAGUCUCCCAGCCUCACACCGCUCAACAGGUCCCCCCAGAGGCCAUCUCCACCACUGAGCGAGUGUGCAUCCUUAUCCCCUAAUAUUCUUAUUGACUCUGGCAUGACCACUACUCCAUCUUCCCCAAAGCCCACACUGGGAAAUGAUGCACCGCCUUUCUUGAAAUCUGAAGGUGUUCUCCUUCCACCAAGCUGCUCUCGGCCAGGAGAGAACACCACCACCACAGCCACACUGAGUCAAGUGGUCCUUUCCUCUACCUUAAGCUCCAGCACGUCAUCCACUUGUGACCAGGUCAGUGAACCCAUUGCUAGACCUAAUUCUGCUUCGAACCCUGUCUCGCAUCCUGUCCUUCCCAUGCUGUCAGACCAGUUCAAGGCCAAGUUUCCAUUUGGAGGCCUCUUAGACUCUAUGCAAACCUCAGAGACAUCAAAGUUGCAGCAGCUUGUCGAGAACAUUGACAAGAAGAUGACAGAUCCAAAUCAGUGUGUCAUCUGUCAUCGCGUUCUCAGCUGUCAGAGUGCUCUCAAGAUGCACUAUCGUAUUCACACUGGCGAAAGGCCUUUUAAAUGCAAGAUAUGUGGGCGGGCAUUCACCACUAAGGGGAACCUCAAAACACACUUUGGUGUCCAUAGAUCCAAACCUCCACUUCGUGUCCAGCACUCUUGCCCCAUUUGUCAGAAGAAGUUCACCAAUGCCGUUGUGCUGCAGCAACACAUCCGCAUGCACAUGGGAGGGCAGAUCUCCAACACGCCGGUCCCUGAAAGCCUGCAGGAGAUGGACAACGACCUAUCAUUUGACGAGAAGAGUUUAGAUGCGAUGAGCACGUAUGAUGAUGACCUUCUUGAUGAAAUGGAGCAAGCCAUGGAAGAUGAAGUUGACUUUAGAGAGGGAGAAGUAGACCCAUGUAAACCGUAUUCACCCGACAGCUCCCCACCAACUUCCAUUAUCUCCAGCAUUGCUGCGAUGGAGAACCAGAUGAAAAUGAUCGACUCCACUGCCAACAUGACGCGGUCCUUUGGCCAAAAGCCCACGCAGAACGGCAGCAACUUCGGAGGAGAGACCGACUGCUUCGCCACUGAUUCCCUGUCUGCAUUGGGGGAUGCCGAGGGUCAAAGCUUGGGGAGCCCCGCUUUCUCUGAGUCCUCCGGCUCCAUGCAGAAUUUGUCCCCGGCUCACAGUCAUCCUGAGAGCCAGCGAUCGCCAGCUGCAUUCAACAAUAUUAACAACAGCAGUGCCAUGACAAUAGACGAGAGCCAGGACAACAACGCAUCUGGCCUGGCAACAGUGAAGUCGGAAAAAUCGGAGACCCCGUCUCCGCUUUCCGCACCCGAGGGCACUGGGGCACUUGACCUGACGGCCACUCAACCUGGCAGGCACUUUAUCAAGGAGGAGAGCCACUUCAGCAUGCUGUUUCUAAAUAGGGAUCGAGGGUUGAGCACCCCUAAUUUGGCCAGCACUGCAUCAAACAUGAUCAAAAUGGAAAUGAAUGGACACGGCAAGUCAAUGCCUCUGAGCGACAGCUCUCACCUGCCUGUGGGGAUCCAUGUUCCUGCUGCUGCACCGCAGAGCAACAUGAGCCCCAGCAUCAACCCCAUGUUGGCCCCCCCGCCUCCACGACGCACUCCUAAGCAGCACAACUGCCACUCGUGUGGGAAGAAUUUUUCCUCAGCCAGUGCUCUGCAAAUACACGAGCGCACACACACUGGGGAAAAACCUUUCGCCUGCUCUAUCUGUGGAAGGGCUUUCACCACAAAGGGCAAUCUGAAGGUUCACAUGGGAACUCACAUGUGGAACAACGCACCAGCUCGAAGGGGCCGGCGACUGUCUGUGGAGAAUCCCAUGGCCUUGCUGGGCGGGGAUGCCAUGAAGUUCAGCGAGAUGUUCCAGAAGGAUCUGGCGGCCCGGGCGAUGAACGUCGACCCGGGCUUCUGGAACCAGUACGCUGCCGCCAUCACCAACGGGCUGGCCAUGAAGAACAAUGAGAUCUCUGUGAUCCAGAACGGGGGCAUCACCCAGCUGCCCGUCAGCCUCGGCGGUGCAGGGAUCACUUCGCUGGGAGCAAUGGCCGGAGGAAUGGACCGCGUGCACACCGGAAGCAGCCCCCCCAUGACGGGAUUAGAGAAGGCCGGUAUGGAUGUCGGGGUCAGCCGCCCCUUCUCCCGAUUCAUGGAGGAGAACAAAGAGAUUGGGAUCAAUUAAAAAGACUUUUCUGUAUUAUUCCAAGGUAGAAGUUUGGCAAAAGACUAAGAGUCAAACAGCAAGGAAGGACACUGUUGAUCCAGUCUGAACUCAUGCGUACUAUAUUAUGUACAGAUUAAAUAUUUUUUGUUUGGUUUUGGAAAUAUAGUAUUUAGUAUUGAUUAGAGGUCUUUGCCUUUCAUCCAUUCCCUCCUCACUUGAUAUUUUGCCUAUACAAAGAAAACUUUGUCUCUUGUUUGAGAAUAUGUCGUCUUGCAAGAUUUGCAUGGUACUUAUUGUUUGUUUUUUUUCAAUAUGUUUGACUGCUUUUAUGAAUUUCUUUGAAAACCAGGACCCUGCCUCAUUCAUGAUGGGUAAGGAUCUUAUGUGGACAGGACUAAAACAGAAACGUUUAAAGACUGUCUGGCCUUCGUAUGGCAUCCUGCUCUUUUAUAAAAGGGCCGUUAAUUGACUGAAGAAAAGACUGAAGUCUAGUGUUUUUGUGCUCGCCUGAUAUUUGUUUUCUCAUGAACUAGGAAACUUGAAAAAAAUAAUGUUUGAACUAUUUUAAUCUUUACAUUUAGUCUCCCAGCAUUGUCUUAUAAUAUUGUCCUGUGUCUUUAGUAUUUAUAAUAUUGAUGAAAAAAAAGCGGGUAUAUAAGAAUAUAUUUAAUGGCCCAAGCAUUUUAUUGAUCCCUUUCUUUUCUAAACUGCAGGCUUCACUGAUGAAUAUCUCUUUCAAUAAAGACUGUACGUCGUUUGAGUUGAACAACAGAGAAAAUGGUAGGUUUUAUUUGGAUAUCUGUUGAGACUAUGUGUAUCUCGUUACAUGGUAAAGAGCCUGGAGAUAUCCGAAGCUGCUAUGACCACAACCCUGCUUUUAACCUUUGUAAAAAGAAAAAAGAACUGAUCCUUUUGAAGAAAUAUCUAUGUAUAGAAAUACAGACGAAUCUAAAACAGGUAUGCAUAUUUUGUAUCACAUAAAAAUAGACAUCAUGAGUUGAGAGUAUUUGUCAUGUUUGUGAAUGCACUUUUUAAAAACAAGACGUUUUGUCUGUGAGAUACCGUUAACCUUUUGACUGAACUAUCUAUCACGUGCUGUUUUCAUUGUUUUCAGCGUACCACUCCUACAAUUUGCAGAGUCGGUCAGUUAUUGCAUCUGUGCUACUCGUAAGAGUGCAAAGGUCAUCACUCAAUCAAAACCUUCUUUAAUAAAAAAAAGAGAACAGG